AUGAUGUCGUCGUCGCAGCUCCGACUUAUGUCGGACCUCAAAGCGAUUCGUCAGGAACCCCCUGAGGGAUGCAGUGCGAGUCCUCAGAGCGAGGAGAAUCUCUUUGUGUGGAGCGCCACCAUUUUCGGCCCAGACGAGUCGCCUUGGGAGGGCGGCAUCUUCUCGCUGCGACUCAUAUUCAGCGAGCAGUAUCCUGAGAAGCCCCCUCGUGUGCGAUUCACCACUGAAGUCUUCCACCCCAAUGUGUACAACGACGGGACUCUUUGCAUGGACAUCAUUCAGGACGCGUGGUCACCAUGCCACAACAUCUGCACCAUCCUCACCUCCAUCCAGUCAUUGCUCACAGACCCCAAUCCCUCCAGCCCUGCAAACGCCGACGCUGCUCAGCUGUUUUCCAAUGACAUUACCGCUUACAACAGGAGAGUGAGGCAGUGUGUGCGCAAGUCGCUUGACAACAUGCAAUGA